GGGAGGAGGUACUCCGGUUCAGACCAACUGCGAGGCGAAGCGGCGUUACGUCGGCAGUUAAACCUCCCUCUGCCCUCUUCCAGCGGCGGAGAAACAAUUCAACUUUCUGAACGGCUGCCGCGGCAUGAGUUGCACCUGAGGGUACCGCAUCUUCAUCGUGCCAGAGAAAUGAACUGAGGACGUACGGGGGAGAGAGAGAGAGACUCGUUUCUUGAGGACAAAGAUUCAACCAUGAAAGCCAUGAGGUUGCAGAGGAUUCUGGGAUUGGUCGCCGCGCUGGGCGUGAUCACCUGUAUUUGUGCCUUUCAUACGACUGCAGCCGUCGACAUCCCACUUGAGGUUGAGCAGCUGCCCACCAUAACAGCUCAGUCGCCCAGCUCUCUCAUCGCCUUCCCGUUCGACGAGAGCUUCCCCAUGACGUGUGAAGCCAAAGGGAAUCCCGAGCCAGAAUUCAGAUGGACGAGGAAUGGCCAGGAAUUCGACCCCUUUCUAGACCCCCGGCUGAUGAAAGAGGAGAAUUCUGGGACCUUUGUGAUACCCAAUAAUGGGAACCUUACAGAGUACCAGGGAACCUAUCGCUGUUACGCCUCAAACAAACUGGGGACCGCCAUAUCGAAGGAGAUUGAGUUCAUUGUGCCCCAUGUCCCAAAGUUUCCUAAAGAGACACUUGAUCCUGUUGUGGUGGAGGAGGGCCAGCCUUUUACUUUGAAAUGUAACCCACCUAAAGGAAUACCUCCUCUGCAGAUUUACUGGAUGACUAUCAGUCUUCAGCACAUAGAACAGGAUGAGCGGGUGUCUAUGGGCUUGAACGGAGACCUUUACUUCUCUCACGCGGUGGAGAAGGACAGCAGGAGGGACUACUGCUGCUUCGCCGCCUUCCCGAGAAUACGAACCAUCGUUCAGAAGACCGCCAUGUCUGUAAUUGUCCAGACAACCAAUGCAAUCCUUGAGAGAAGACCCUCUCUUCUGACGCCCUCUAGUGCCAGAUCAGAGACACAGCUGGUCAAAGGAGAGGACUUGAAAUUGGAGUGUAUUGCUGAGGGAUUUCCAACUCCACAGGUUGAGUGGGUGAAGAUGGGUCAUCGACUUCCCAUUAAAGCAAAACUGGAGAAUCAUGGGAAGUUGCUGAUUGUGCCGAGAGUCGAACAGGAAGACAGUGGGAAGUACAUGUGCAAAGCAAAGAAUGCACUUGGAGAAGCUGUCCAUUACUUCACAGUGACAAUAGAAGAGCCUCCAGAGUGGGUGUCUGAGCCUGAGAGCCAGCUCAGUAUGAUUGGCUCAGAUGUGCUCAUCAAGUGCUCUGCCAGUGGGACGCCUCAGCCGACUGUAACAUGGAGGGUGAACGGAGUACCUCUGCAGGAGGCCCCUGCAGCCAACAGGAAGGUGUUGGGUGAUACCAUACUUUUACGCAACGCCAAAGCAUCUGACAGUGCAGUCUAUCAGUGUGAAGCCUCCAACAGACACGGAACGCUCCUAUCUAAUGCAAACAUCAUGAUAAUGAAUCUGCCUCCCAUGAUUUUGACCAAGGAGGGGGAAGAUUACUCUGCUGUCGAGGGGAAGGGAGUGAUGAUGCACUGCAAGGUCUUCAGCUCUCCUCCAUCUACUGUCACUUGGAGCAAAGACGACUCCGCUGAAUCCGUGGAGGGGCCGAGGUUUGCCGUUCACGACAAUGGGUCGCUGGAGAUCUACAGCCUGGAGAAAGGCGACACAGGGCAGUACACAUGCUUAGCUAAAAACACAGAAGGAUCUUCUGCCAUCGACACCAUGCUCUAUGUGAAAGAUCCCACUAGAAUAGUCGUACCCCCGGAGCACCUGCAGAUCUUAAUAGGUACCACGGCCCAGCUCUCAUGCCUCGCAGAGUACGACAAGUCCUUCAACAACGACAUUGAGCUCCUGUGGGAAAAAGAUGAUAUGGAGAUAGCCCUCAACUACACUGAGAAUUCAAGAUACUUUGUGGAGGAUGGUAUUCUCCAGAUUAUCAAUGUAAGCCACUGGGACCAGGGUGUGUACACAUGUGUGGCAAGAACUCCGGUGGAUCGAGACACGGCCUCAGCGUGGCUCAUCGUGUUAGACGUUCCUGAUGCACCGGAGUACUUGGUACUGUCUGAACGCAAGAGCAAAAGUGUGAAACUGAAAUGGAACCCUGGGGACGAUCACAACAGCUCAACCACAGAGUUUAUUAUCGAGUAUGAGGAAAGCCAGUGGGAGCCAGGGAACUGGAAGGAGCUGCUCCGAGUACCUGGGAACCACAACUCGGCCGUCCUCAAGCUCCACGGCAACGUUGACUAUUGUUUCCGCGUGUCUGGGGUGAACUCUGUAGGCAGGGGUCCAUCCAGCGAGCCCACGGAGAGAUACAAACCCCCUGCGGCAGCUCCUGACAAGAACCCUGAAAAUAUCAAAAUCGAAGGUCAUUUGCCACAUGAAAUGGAUAUCAACUGGGAGCCCUUGUUACCCAUUGAGCACAAUGGUCCCGGUCUGGAGUAUAAGGUGAGUUACAGGAGACAGGACUUGGAGGAGGACUGGCAGGAACACAUGGUGAAGAGACACUCGUUUGUGGUGACGAACACUCCCACCUUUGUGCCCUACGAGAUCAAGAUCCAAGCAAAGAACAAUCAGGGCUGGGGCCCCGAACCCAAGAUAAUGACUGGCUACUCAGGAGAGGAUUUUCCCUCUGCUGCACCUGAUGAUGUAGCUGUGGAGGUGAUGAACAGCUCAGUGGUCAAGGUUAGCUGGACGCGUGUACACAAGGACAAGUUACAUGGACAUCUGGGAGGCUACAGGAUAAACUGGUGGCGUCUGCGCAGUCUGGUGGACUCAAAGAAAAGCCACGGAGACAAACACACUCUAACAAUCCCCGGGGACAGGCACCAUGCCGCCGUACCGGGAUUAACGCCCUUCUCUGAGUACAGCCUUAUCGUUAUGACCUUCAACGGGCGGGGCAACGGCCCGGGCAGCCAUCCCGUCAACUUCAAAACCCCAGAGGGAGUCCCGGAGAAAAAUCCUGUUUUCAGGGUCACAGAUGUACAGAAGCACACUGUCUCUUUGGUCUGGGCCCCGCCAUUGGAGCCUAAUGGGAUUCUCACCGGGUACCUCCUCGAGUAUCAGCUCAUCAAUGACACAGAGGAAGUGGGCCCACUGCAGACAGUAGACAUCAGCAACCCCGCCACCACCAAGUGGACCCUGCGUGACUUGGAGCCUGUAAGCAAAUACAAGUUGUACCUGCGCUCCUGCACCACGGUGGGCUGUGGGCUCGUUGUCAGCGAGGAGUGCACCACUACCCUGGAAACAACUGUUAGUGACAGCUUUGCAAAUAUCAGCUGGAUUUCUGGAGGAGAGCACAGGGAGUUUUAUAUUGCAUAUAUGAACAACCGUAAGCUCAUAUUUUUUCCUCUGUUCGUUUCUGGACGUGAGGGUCUCUGGAAGAUAUCAGAGGCCUUAAACACCUCUAAGAAUUUCCACAUCAUUGACGGGCUGGAACCUGGGGCAGAGUACACUGUGCGCCUUAUAAACAGCCGGGUUGAUAAUUCUAGUAUAUUUGAAGAUAUUAUCUCGACCGGGUCAACAGGUCUGGCCAGCAUCCACGGAGGAAUAUCCACCCAGGGCUGGUUUAUCGGCCUGAUGUGUGCCAUCGCUCUCCUCACACUCAUUGUGUUGAUCGCCUGCUUUGUCAACAGAAAUAAAGGAGGGAAGUAUUCUGUAAAAGAAAAAGAGGACCUUCACCCAGACGUGGAAUCCCAGGGCAUGAAUGACGACACAUUUUGUGAAUACAGUGACAACGACGAGAAGCCACUGAAGGGCAGCCAGCACUCGCUGAGCAGAGAGAUCAAAGCAGGGGACAGCGGGGACAGCCUGGUGGACUACGGCGACGAGGACGUUCAGUUCAACGAGGAUGGCUCCUUUAUCGGCGAAUACGCCGGGCGAAAGGAGAAGAGGGUGUCCGCUGAGAUCAAAGCCACCGUUCAGACCCCGGCAUGAGGAGCGGAACCGCCAUCCAUCCGUCGUCCCCCGGACACCGUUUUCAUUAAACCUGCUGGGAGGAACAAAUGAAAGAGGAAACAGACAUUAUCCAUACCGAGCACAAGUUUUGUGUCAAAUGUAAUGCGUCAUUGCCAACUGCACACUGCCACUCUCAUUUUAUAAAGCUCUGUUUUGUCAAGUUGCAACAGAAUGACCAUUACUAAAUACUGUGUAUAUAUAGUGUAUAUUGUAUGUGCGGAGUGUCUUUUUUUUAUAAUUAUUAUUACACAAAAAAUUUAGAGGGCUUGAAUUUUCUUUUUUUUAUCUCCAUUACUUCAGCUGCAGUACUGUUUGUACAAAUGUUUCACUCUCCAUUGCACAUCAUUAUAUGCAGCUUUGCCUCCGAUGUCAUCUUGUAGCAGACCACACAUAAGUGGGCAUAUCAAGUUGAUAUUUUUCAAUUGGAGUGAAUAUUACUGACCUUUUAUAUUUGAAAUGGAGUCAUUAAAUAUGAUGUAAGAUGUGUAUAAAGGUUGCCUAUUAACUUAUUUUUUUCCAGUGGUUUUAUACCUGACAAAAUAACAAGGAAAUUUGCAUAUCCUUACAUAUCAUAAACACUGAUUCUCGAGUCAUCAAUCACCCUGUGAUGUUAGAAGAAAAUAUAAUUUAGUUAUAAUGUCUUGUUUAGCAUUUAGAGCCAUUGGACAGUAUAAAUCACAAACCUCAGUCUGUGCUCCCCAUAACAGCCCAUUACACGUCACUGCUGUAAGAUCUGGAAGAGUUUCAAAAAUUUAAUCCAUGACACGUUAAAACUGUGUUAAAACUAUAAUUACAGUUCAGUCCAGUUUAUAGACAAAACAUUUUACAAUGCUACUGCUGCCAAUAGCUGGUAUUUCAAAUCAAGUUUCUCUGAAAACAUACACAGGUCGCCACAAAGUAAAAAAAAAAUAAUAAUAAUAAUUUAACAUAUUGGGCUUUUCUUCUGAGAGUAAAUAUGAGCUACGGCUACCAGUCGGGUAACUUAUCUUAGCAUAAAGACUAGCCAUUUCCCUCUAUUUCCAGUCUUUAUGCUAGGCUAAGUUAACUCAUUUAAACAUUUCCCAAGACAUCAAACAAUUCCAUUAAAGCGGUAUUCCAGUGAUCUAGUGUUUUGCUUCCAUAAUGUUGGUAAAAAUCAGAACAGUUCCUAGUGUUGAUCAAACUCCAGUGCUAGACCCCACACUUCCCAUAAUUCAUCUUUCUUUCAUUAGAAAGAUGCUAUCAGGUAAAGUCCACGCCCCCAGUAACGCAGUCAUUUGUAGUCUAAAAAUCCUAAACCUGGUGACAUCAACAUGACAUCAUCAGGGUUAUUUUUUUAAACUCCAGAGCGGUAUUUGUCCGCUGAGUAGUUCUCUACAUGAUCAAUAAACGUAACUAUUUUCAUGUGUGAAUUAGUGGAGUGCCCUUUAAGAAGAAAGUGUAUAGUACCUGUGAUGGAUUUUUGUAAUCAGAUUACUGUAAUCUGGCUUCCUACCCUGUUGAGAGACAAUAUACUGUAGUCACACACUGUUACACCAGUCUUAACAAGCCUUACUCUGUUACUUUCAAUAUACUGCCAAUCAAACCACAACCACUUUGUUGUUCUGCAUUAACUUUAGCACCAUAUUCA